AUGGCGGCCUUCGCACUGUCCGUUGCGAGCAGCACCGCACCACCGUGCCGCCUGGAGCUCUCCCGAAUCACCAACCAACUAUCCGGCCAACCUCGCUCCACGGCCACGCGUGCCACCCACUCCCUCGCCGCCGAAUACGACGGAUUCCGUCAGACGUCAACUUUCCCGUCAACCUCCACCGUAUCUCACGCCGACGCGUUCACUACCAACGUCACCCGUCAGCUCGCUCCCGCCUCGUCAUCCUCCGCUCAUCGCGCGACGGUAUCCGCCGUCUUCGACCGGUUCACGGAGCGCGCGAUUAAAUCCGUGAUGCUGGGUCAGCGCGAGGCGAAGGCGCUCGGGCGAAAGGAGGUGGCGACAGAGCAUCUCCUCCUGGGUCUUAUCAUGGAAGACCGCGCCAGCAGCGGCACCGCCAGCGCGAAGGGUUACCUCAACACCGGUGUAACCAUCGACGGCGCUCGCGAAGCCGUUCGCGAAAUGAUUCGCGACGGUACGCUUUCGCCGUCCGAGGGGUCGGAAAAGCCCGCGUCGGAGGUGCCGUUCUCGGCGGGGAGCAAGCGGGUGUUCGAGGCGGCUCUGGAAGAGUCUCGGAAGCUUCGGCACAAUUUCAUCGCGCCGGAGCAUCUGGUGAUGGCGGUGCUGAGCGUCGAGUUCGACGCCGCCGGGAAACUUCUUGAAAGGCUGGGCGUGACCAAGGAGCGCGUGCGUGCGGAGGCGGUGGCGCGGCUGAAGGGCGAGCUGGCGACGGAGGGGCGCUCCACCGACUCCAUCUCGCUCUCCGCCAAGCCCUCCGCCGCCUCCGCCAAGUCUUCCCCCGACCCCGCCAGGGCCGCCGCGCUCUCGUCGUCCUCCAGCUACAGCAAGAAGGGCUCCAAGAAGGACAAGAGCGCGCUCGAGGAUUUCUGCAUGGAUCUGACCGUUAUGGCGAUGACGGGCGACAUCGAUCCGGUGAUCGGGCGCGACCACGAGGUGGCGCGCGUCGUGCAGAUCCUCGCGCGCCGCACCAAGAACAACCCGCUGCUGCUCGGCGAGCCGGGCGUCGGCAAGACCGCCAUCGCCGAGGGCCUCGCGCUGCGCAUCGCCGAGAACGACGUCCCGGUGUUCCUGCAGGGUAAGCGAGUGAUGGCGCUGGACAUGGGGCGGCUGAUCGCGGGCGCCAAGGAGCGCGGCGAGCUCGAGGCGCGCGUCACGGGGCUCGUCUCGGAGGCCACUAGCGCAGGCGACGUCAUCCUCUUUAUAGACGAAAUCCAUACCGUUGUCGGGUCCGGCGCCGUGUCGCGCGGCCGCGGCGCGGGGGGAGGGGGAGGUGGCGGGCUGGACAUCGCGAACCUGCUCAAGCCGGCUCUCGCGCGUGGCCAGCUGCAGUGCAUGGGCGCGACCACCAUAGGCGAGUACCGCAAGCACGUGGAGAAGGACAAGGCGCUCGCGCGGCGCUUCCAGCCGGUGGACGUCGCAGAGCCGUCGCAGGACGACGCGCUGCUCAUCCUGCACGGACUGCGCCGCCUCUACGAGCGCCACCACAAGUGCCACGUCAGCGACGACGCGCUCAUCGCGGCCGUCCAGCUGUCGGCGCGCUACAUCCCGGACCGCUUCCUGCCGGACAAGGCGAUCGACCUGGUGGACGAGGCCGCGAGCCGCGCCGUGAUUGACGGAUUCAGGCGGAACCGGCAGCGCGAGACGAGCGUGCUGCACCGCGGACCGGAGGAGUACUGGCGGGCGAUCAGAGCGGCUCAGGCGGCGAUCAAUGCGGUGGAGGAGGUGCAGUCGCCACUGGGGUCAGCAGGCGGCCCAUCAGCGUUCCUCUCAGACGAUCCUAAGCCCUCUGCUGCGCCUGCUGCCGCCCCUUCCUGGUCCCCUGCUGGCGAUGGCGAUAGACUAUCCAUAGGGCCAGAGGACAUAGCAGCGGUGGCGUCCCAGUGGACGGGCAUCCCCUUACAGCAGCUGACAGCAGACGAGCAGCGCCACCUCACUGCUCUCGAGCCAGCGCUGCACUCGCGGGUGGUGGGGCAGCACGAGGCCGUCAGCGCCAUCGCCCGGGCCGUGAGGCGAGCCAGAGUGGGGCUGAAGGACCCCAAGCGGCCCACGGCGGCCAUGCUGUUCUGCGGGCCGACGGGAGUUGGCAAGACGGAGCUCAGCAAGGCGCUCGCGCAGCACUACUUUGGCUCGGAGGAAGCCAUGAUCCGCCUAGACAUGAGCGAGUACAUGGAGCGCCAUGCAGUGAGCAAGCUCAUCGGCGCGCCUCCAGGCUAUGUGGGGUUUGGGGAGGGCGGCAAACUCACUGAGGCCGUGCGACGCCGCCCGUUCUCGCUGCUGCUGCUGGACGAGAUUGAGAAGGCGCACCCCGACGUCUUCAAUCUGCUGCUGCAGAUCUUUGAAGACGGCAGGCUGACGGACUCCCAGGGCCGGCACGUGUCGUUCAAGAACACGCUCAUCAUCAUGACCAGCAACGUCGGGUCACAGGCGAUCGCGCGUGGCGGCGGCAACAGAGUGGGGUUCCUGCUGCCAGGGGCGGACGAGGCAGACGGCGGGCGGUACGCGGGGCUGAAGUCGUUGGUGAUGGAUGAGCUGAAGAGCCACUUCCGCCCCGAGCUGCUCAACCGCAUCGACGAAGUCGUCGUGUUCCGAUCGCUGGAGAAGGACCAGGUGCGGGCAAUCGUGGACAUGAUGAUAAAGGAGACGUCUAUCCGCCUCUCAGAGAAGAACAUCCGACUGGAGGUCUCAGAGGCGCUCAUCCAGCGCAUCUGUGACGAGGGCUACGACCGAUCCUACGGCGCACGACCACUGCGCCGCGCCGUCAUGCGAUUGGUGGAGGACCCGAUCAGCGAGGCGGUGCUGUCGGCCAAUAGCGGCGGAGGGCUGGUGGCGGGCGGCAGCGUGUCAGUGGUGGGGGGAGCGUUUGAGGAGGGUCACCGACAUUCCCUCUCGUCGCUCGCGCUCCCCCUCAUCACCCGUGCCGACCCUCGCCGCCCUCGCCUCCCCUCGUCGCCCGCGCGUCCCGUCGUCGGGCUUGCCUCCCAGUCACUCGCGCUUCCCUUCGUCAUCCGCGUUUCCAUCCGCUCUUCCCCUCUCCCCAUCUCACCAUCUCCAGCCCAUCCUUCCUCCCUCAUUCCUUCCGAAGGGGUGGGACAGAUGGGGAGGAACAGAUGGGGAGGAACAGAUGGGGAGAAACAAAGGUGGUCGCUUCCACCACCACAACCGAACAGCGUUUUGAUUCCCUCUCUGCUACCCACCAUCCUCCCCCCAGCUCUCUCCCCGGCAUUUGCCCCCGUUCCCCCCAUCCUCUUCCCUGUUUCCUGUAUCCCCUGCCGUGCUUCCCCCCAUCCUAUCCCCUCUUACCCCGUAUCCCCUGCCCUGCUUCCCCCCAUCCCCUUCCCUGCUUCCCCCCAUCCCCUUCCCUACUUCCCCCCAUCCCCUUCCCUGCUUCCCCUCAUCCCCUUCCCUGCUUCCCCUCGUCCCCUCCCCUGCUUUCCCCCCUACCUCCUCCCUGCUUCCCCCAACCCUCCGUCCUGCUUCCCCCCUCCCUCCGCCCUGCUUCCCCCCUCCCUCCGUCCUGCUUCCCCCCUCCCUCCACCCUGCUUCCCCCCUCCCUCCGUCCUGCUUCCCCCCUCCCUCCACCCUGCUUCCCCCCUCCGCCCGCCUUGCUUCCCCCCUCCCUCCUCCCUGCUUCCCCCCUCCCUCCGUCCUGCUUCCCCCCUCCCUCCACCCUUCUUCCCCCCUCCCUCCGUCCUGCUUCCCCCCUCCCUCCACCCUGCUUCCCCCCUCCGUCCGCCCUGCUUCCCCCCUCCUUCCUCCCUGCUUCCCCCCUCCCUCCGUCUUGCUUCCCCCCUCCCUCCGCCCUGCUUCCCCCCUCCCUCCGUCCAGCUUUCCCCCUCCCUCCACCCUGCUUCCCCCCUCCCUUCGCCCUGCUUCCCCCCUCCCUCUGUCCUGCUUCCCCCCUCCCUCCACCCUGCUUCCCCCCUCCCUCCUCCCUGCUUCCCCCCUCCCUCCGUCCUGCUUCCCCUCUCCCUCCACCCUGCUUCCCCCCUCCGUCCGCCCUGCUUCCCCCCUCCCUUCGCCCUGCUUCCCCCCUCCCUCCGUCCUGCUUCCCCCCUCCCUCCACCCUGCUUCCCCCCUCCGUCCGCCCUGCUUCCCCCCUACCUCCUCCCUGCUUCCCCCAACCCUCGGUCCUGCUUCCCCCCUCCCUCCGCCCUGCUUCCCCCCUCCCUCCGUCCUGCUUCCCCCCUCCCUCCGUCUUGCUUCCCCCCUCCCUCCGCCCUGCUUCCCCCCUCCUUCCGUCCUGCUUUCCCCCUCCCUCCACCCUGCUUCCCACCACCCUUCGCCCUGCUUCUCAGCCCUCCUUCCCCCACCCUCUGCCCUGUUCCCCACCUGCCCUCCCCAUCCCUGCCUUUCCCUCCCUGCCCUGUCCUUCCCUUCCCCAUCCCUUCUCACCCUUCCCCUCCUUUUCAUGCCCUCCCCUUCCCCCUCACUCAUCACCUUCCGCCCUCUAGUUCCCAUGCAUGUGCACCCAUCAAUGUCACCCCAUACAUGCUUUCAUCAUGUGCGCUUGCUUGCAUCCCCUAA